AUGAUCUACAGGUCAAAUAAUUCAAAGGCCUUUGUGUCAUUUCUCCAAAAUACUUACCGAUCUGUUCGAUCUGCUCAUAAAAAAGUCAUGAGUGAAAUCGAGCUAAGUCAAAUACCUACGCUGAAAUACUUAUAUGAAAAUGGUUCAAUCAAACCGCGUUCGUCAAGGAAAUCAAAAUCUCAAGCAAUUCCUUCCUACUCUUAUAAUGAGACAUUUAACGAAAAAAUCUCUCUUAUUCAAGCCGAUAUUACGAGACUAAAGGUCGAUGCAAUAGUUAACGCCGCUAAUGAGUCUCUUUUAGGCGGUGGCGGAGAAUGUUGGGAUUUAGAUGGUUGUAGAACCGGGGAUGCCAAAAUAACUAAAGGAUAUGAGUUACCAGCUAAACAUGUUAUUCAUACUGUUGGUCCGAUUGGUGAAAAAGAAGGUCUUCUUCGUAGUGCUUAUGAGCGAUCUUAUGAAGUUAUGACUGAAAAUAAUAUAAAAAGCAUAGCAUUUUCAAAUAUUAGUACAGGUGUUUAUGGGUAUCCACGUUAUCCUGCUGGUCGUGUUGCCCUUGAAACCACAAGGAAAUGGUUGGAAGAUCAUAAAAAUCUUGAGGAGGUUGAUAGAAUUAUUUUCUGUGUGUUUGAAGAUGAAAAUAAAAUUGCAUAUGAAGAAUUAUUACCAUUAUAUUUCCCACCAUUACCUGAUUCUAAUAAACUUGUUGAAGAUAUCAUUAAACUUGACGAAGAUGUCAAUAAACUUGAUGAUGAACCAAAGAAACUGAUUUCAAGUGAUGAAAGUAAAUUGGAUGAACUGGAAAACGGUGAAAAACAAGAUAACGAAACCUGUGAAAAAAUAGAUUCCAAUAAACAUGAAGAAGAUGCCAUUAAACAUGAUAAUGAACCAAAGAAACUGAUUUCAAGUGAUGAAAGUAAAUCAGAUGAACUGGAAAACGGUGAAAAACAAGAAAACGAAACCGGUGAAAAAGAAGAUAACAAACAAACAGAGAUUAAAAAAGCUUUAGAGCAAGAAUUUCCCAAUCAUGAAAUUUAUCUUUCCAAAGUUCACAAAGCAAUUGCAAAAUUUUAUUGUGAGAAGCGAAAAGACAUUUCAAAUGAUGCUGCAUCCUUAUAUAAGAAUUUAUUAAGGAAGAAAGAAGAAGAUCCUUGCUGUGAUAUUAUUUUAAACAAUAAUAUUGCUAAAACAAAUUGCUAUGACAUGGUCCUCUCACUUUUUUUAUGUGUUGAUAAUCAUGGGCUUUCCUGGUUAGUCAGAUGUGCUCUUAUGAAUAAUGAGUCAGCAGACUCUUACCGAUGGGACCUUGCUAUAUCUGAGGAGUAUGAAAAAUUUUAUGCUAUGCAUUGUAUUUUUCAUAUUUCACAAAAUCUUUCUAGAAAUCUUGAGGUCCAAUUAGGUCAACAAUAUACUGAAUUUAUUAAGAACUUUUAUAUGGCUCGAAAUUUACUUAUUCCAAAUAUUUUUGAACAUAAGUGGGCACAAUUAACUGAAAAUCUUAUGAAACUUUCUGAAGCUUUAGAAACAAGUAUAAAUGAAGAAAGCAACAAAACAAAAUAUAUUUAUUGGAAAACCCAAAUUUCAUUAAUGUCUUUUGUUAUUAUGUUACUACAAGCAUUGUUUCCCAAAGUUGACAAGGCUUUGAGUCGUUUUCUUAUACCUAUGAUGCUAAAAGUUCAACAUAUUGAAAAUUUUUUAUUUAAGCCUGAAUUAGAUACUACACAAUUUAUUGAAGAUAAUAAAGAUGUAAUGCAGGUGAUACUAUGUAGUCCUGUAGCUGCAUUUCAUAUUACACAUAUUCAUAAAAGAUGGUAUAAUGAUAUUCAUAGCAGUUUACAAAAAGAGCCCUAUUAUGUUGCUAUGCGAUUUAGUAAAAACUAUCUUCAAUACCAACUUGCAGAGCUAAUGAGAGAUAAUACCAAUAAAUUGUUUACACCUAUAGCUGAUCUUCGAAAUAAAAGAAAAGAGGAUAUUAAUAUUACACAAAGGGCAGUUCGAUUUUGUUGGCAUAACAUUCUUAAAAAACUACAGGAUUUAUUAACUAAAUUGCAAGAAGAUGUGUUAGUGGAUAGCUCUGAUAAUAAUGAUGAUAAGACAUGCAAUAAUGAUAAUAAUGACUCAGAUAACAAUAAAGAUGAUAAAAAAAAUAAUCCAUUAACUGAAAUAUCUCUUUAA